UGUUUAAUGAUACGGCCCCACUGGACCCCAGAAACGGAAUGGAGCAAUGGAGUCUAAUUUUUUUUUAGUUUUUCUAUUGUCAUUUUUAAUAUGCAAUAAUGCGAGAGCUGAAGUCGACCGGUUACUGGAAGAGAAUCAGGAUAUAGACAUGGAGCUAUCGGGCCAUUUAAAUGGCAAGGAGUUUCCGGCCGGGCCACAGAACUCCUUACAAGCGCAUCCCAGGAGACACAUUAAGAGUAAGCGUCGCAUGAAAAGAAGAUACAAAUGCUACUCGUGCGAUCCACCCUGCCCAGAUCCUUUUGAACUGGCCCACACUUGCCAGAAUGCCGUUCAGUGCUGGAAAUCUCGCACCCGAAAUGCCGAUGGCCAGGAGCAAGUGUCUCGUGGCUGCACCACUUCGCCGGACCAGGUGCCCCUGAUCUGCAACCAGAAUUCGCUCAACAAGCUCAAUGGACAGAGCAAACGAAAUACUGCCAAGAACCGCAAUGUAGAAUGCUGCACCGGCGACUAUUGUAACAAGGGAGAUUUUCCCGAACUGCCGCCUAUGACCAACAACGAAGUUACGGUCAUAACGGCGGAUACUGGUAAUCUAAGCAAGAUGUUUGCUGCUAUUCUGGGUCCGUUCUUGGUCAUCACUCUGCUAGGUGCUGUGGCCAUCUAUUUCAUUCGGCGCAGUCACCGGAAGCGUCUCGCCGCAUCGCGAACUAAACAGGAUCCCGAGUCAUACCUUGUUAACGAUGAACUCCUACGUGCCACUAGCGCUGGCGACAGUACGCUUCGCGAAUACCUGCAGCAUUCGGUUACUUCUGGAUCUGGAAGUGGGCUGCCUCUUCUCGUGCAGCGCACCCUGGCCAAGCAGGUCACCCUGAUAGAAUGCAUUGGUCGUGGCAAGUAUGGCGAGGUGUGGAGGGGUCACUGGCAUGGAGAGAGCAUUGCCGUCAAGAUAUUCUUCAGUCGGGAUGAGGAAUCCUGGAAGCGAGAGACAGAGAUCUACAGCACCGUUUUGCUCCGCCACGAAAACAUUCUUGGCUUUAUCGGCUCCGAUAUGACCUCACGUAACUCAUGCACUCAGCUUUGGUUGAUGACUCACUACUACCCGCUGGGCUCGCUGUUCGAUCACCUGAAUCGUAAUGCACUGAGCCACAAUGACAUGAUCUGGAUUUGCUUGUCGAUAGCCAACGGACUGGUACAUUUGCAUACGGAGAUUUUCGGGAAACAAGGAAAGCCAGCAAUGGCCCAUCGUGAUCUAAAGUCAAAGAACAUACUGGUCACCGCCAACGGGUCCUGCGUUAUAGCCGAUUUUGGAUUAGCGGUUACCCACUCACAUGUGACAGGACAGCUAGAUUUGGGAAACAAUCCAAAAGUAGGCACCAAGCGGUACAUGGCUCCAGAGGUUUUAGAUGAGAGCAUUAAUUUGGAAUGUUUUGAGGCCUUGCGACGCACGGAUAUUUAUGCUUUUGGAUUAGUUCUUUGGGAGGUUUGUCGCCGGACAAUAUCGUGCGGCAUUGCCGAGGAGUAUAAGGUGCCUUUCUACGACGUUGUGCCUAUGGAUCCCAGCUUCGAAGACAUGCGCAAGGUGGUGUGCAUAGACAACUACAGACCCUCCAUUCCCAACCGUUGGACUUCAGAUUCGCUACUGGCUGGGAUGGCUAAACUAAUGAAAGAGUGCUGGCACCAGAACCCCAACGUACGCUUGCCAGCGCUGCGCAUCAAAAAGACCAUACAUAAGCUGGCUUCCGCGGACGAAAAAAUACGACUGGACUUUGAUGAAGUCUGCGUUUAGUGGUUGUAGUCUUACCUUAGAGAUAAGCGAUUACUUAGAUUUAAUAGCUAGGCUAGCUAGUAUAAGAAGCAUUCAUUGACGUUUCCCACUUGCAUUUUCACACACUAUUAGUUCGUACGCGUAUUAUUCAGAGUUAAGCCAGGAUCCCACGUGUUAGAUAACGAUCUAACCAAGUACAGAAUCUUGACAGCUGAUAUCUAAAGCCGUAGAUAGUUACUUUGUUUGAAUUAAUUCGUUUUUAGUUUCGUUUUGUUUCCACUGUGAAUUUAGCUAAACUUUCAAAGGGUGCCUUUAAAAUUGCCUUACGUGUGAAUUAAUUUGACUUUUGGGAUAUCGUUUUUGUGUUUAGAAGACUUUUUCAUUUCAUCUCCAUUGUUUAUCUUUCAUCAAGUGCCAUUUGCAGUUGAGAAUUGCAAAAAGCGUUAACUAUAAGCUCACUUUUUGAACUCUACACUGAAUUCUUGAACUUGUCAAAGCUAUGAUAGAACCGUAAGCAUAAGCCACACUACCAACUGACUUUCUGUCCUAGUUAGUUAAGCCUUAUAGUUUAGUUCCACUCGCAUAGAAGCAUACACUUACUUGUAUAUUGUACAAAAUGCAAGCUAAUUAGCUAAGUUUAGUAUAAAUAAAAUACGCGAUUACGCAUUAAGUUGGUAAAA